AUGUACUCCGCUGGUAAGCGAGACACUCAUCCGCCAGAUCGUCUAAUUGACCGUCUUCUUCAGCCUGAUACGCCCCCAAUGCCACCAACGACUACUAUGUCGGAGACACCGAAUAAAAACGUAACCACGGUUUCCCAAGCUGGGAUGGCAACAGGGAAUGUCCAUCCGCAGCCUACCAAAGUUGAACCUACCCUCGCCGAUCUUAUCGCCAUCAUGAAUGGUCAUGCCAGCGAUCAGGCACAACGGUUUGACCGUCUAGAAAAUCAGUUUAGUGGUUUUACCAAACGACAAGAUGCAGUUGAGUUGCGAGUGGAUAAAACUGAAAAAAAUAUCGCCACUCUUCACCGCAACUCGAUCGACCAGCGAACUGCAUACACGAAAUCCGAUGAGAGUGUAGCGAAGAUCCACGUCGACGUCGAAUCCCUUAAGGAAACUGUAAAACAGAUACAAUCCGAUUUAAAGGUACUUUCGAUCCACUCUACAUCUCAAGCGCAAUCAUUCCAGCCGAUAUCCAAUUCGACGGAGGCACAUAUCAACUCUCGACAAUUACCAAAUUCGUAUGGCCAGUCUUUUGUGUCUGCGUCAGUUAGUCAAUCGGAACGGUUCACUGAUGCCGUGUCCGAGUUCACUGGCCGUCGUCAGGAUGUGCACCCAGAGAAGUUCUUAAACCAGUUGGACCAAUACUUCUUGUAUAAUUGUCCACACGAUGAUCAACGUGUCGAACUUUUUCAACGGCGGUUGACCAGUGGUUCACGAGUAUGGUUUGAUUCACUUAUGCCUGUUCCAACCACCUAUGAGGAGGUGAAGAAGCUGUUCCGCCAGCAGUUUUGGUCUGAGGCCACACAAAGAAAAAUUAGGAAUGAAAUUUUCCAACCCUGUCAAUACCGUUCACCAGUGGGGAUCAACACUCAUGCUAUGACUUGGAUUGCUAAAGCUAAAUACUUAUCUCCACCCAUCGACCAAUUUGAUCUUGUUGGCAUAAUCAUACAGAAUUAUCCGUCUAUGUUGGGGAUGGCCAUCCGUGGCCGGGGGCCACAAACGACGAACGCCUUAUUGUCCGUAUUGACAGAGAUUGAGGAAUCCACGUCCUUCUGCGAGGCCCCAGGGUCCCGUCAGUCAGACCAUGGCCCAACUCAAUCAGCACGGAACCAUGACCAACCACCACGAGAUCCUCAAGAGCGGAGAGGAUAUCAGCCACGUAAUAAUAAUCGGAAUAACUACCGAAACGGUCCAAAUCGAGGUCCCCAAAAUUAUCACCGUCCUCCGGCUCGAGACGAAGAACCGAUUCAUCAGCUGAACGCUUCGGGAAACGAACCACAGUCUCGCCAGUGA